AGGUUGACAACAAUUUCUUAGUCCAAACAUGUCGUCCCUUCCUCCUUACCAAUAUACUCUAGCAGAGAAGACAUUCUCAGAAUUUGUAGGCUGCUUCAUCGUCAGUGCUCUUUCACUUGGCUUAGUUGUGAACCAUCAUUUGCCCGGAACGAAAGGGCAUGGCUAUGAAUAUGGCUUCAUUGCGCUUGGUUUCGGUUUAUCUUUCAUUUUCCCCAUGGUGAUGCUCAAUCACAUUAGUGCAAGGUUGAAUCCUGCCUCCAUGGUCGCCUUGUGGGUUGCAGGAUUGACUCCUUUUUCGCAUGCUGUCGUCAUGUCGAUAGCGCAAGUCAUUGGUUGGUUUUGUGGCUCCGUUCUGGUGUUUGGCUUAUAUCUCCCGCAUUUCUCCACCGUUCCCAAACCUCCAAAAGAGGAAGAGGAUGAUGACUUUGCGAUGAGGAGAAGUGCAGGACCCAAGGCACGUCAAAUUGCGUCUGCAACGUUGAGAGAAGAAACUGAUUUCAAGAGAGCUUGCUCAAGCCCAUUCAAGAUGAACAGAAGCGAGAGCAUUGAGCAACGCAAGCUGCGAUCGCUGGAGACCUUGGCACAUAAGCUUGAGGAGAAACUGAUGAAGAAGAAUCUGCCUGCAGAUAUGCUACAGCGGUACCGAAGAGAGAAGACCAUUGAGAUCGCGGUGACGCAGCAGGCAAUCAGGCAGCUUAGCGGAUCCUUCCGAGUUCCCACACUGGAAGAGAUUGCAAUCCGACUCCCGAGCAAUGGAGAAUGCAAGUCACAAGCAAGCAGCGAGAGAGAGCUCAAAUUUGAUCCCAAUGGGAAGAGCUGCAACGACAAUGUGGACAAUCUUGAUGAGAACGAGACGAUGAACGAGCGUUUGGUUUUGGACACAAAGAUUGAUGAAGAGCCUAUCAAGAGAAAGAUAACAGAGAAGAUGGCAAAGCUCAAUGAGGAAUAUGCCAAGGCUCUGCAUGCAGAUAAGAGAAUCAAGCUUGCCUCGUUCGGAACGACUCCAGCCAUCCCCAACUUCUUCUUCAAUGCCAUCCAGGAAUUCACUGCCACAGCCUUCUUGACUUGGGGCAACUUGAUGAUGGCAGAGAAGGCUUACAUGAUGCCUCCUGAGGAGCGAACAGUCUACACCAAUGUCGUCGUCCCUGCUCUUAUCGGCCCGUGGAUCUUCGUCCUCAUUCUCGCUUUCGGAGGCAACAUCAACCCCUCCAUGAACCCAGCACGAGAUCUUGGUCCCCGCAUUGCGCACACCAUCCUUCCUGUUCCCGGCAAGGGACCCAGCGACUGGUGGUACGCUCCGUGCAUAUAUAUGGGAGAGCUUGCUGGAGGCGCGAUGGGUGGGUUCCUGUACUUGAUGCUGAACAGCAUGAACCAUAGCCAAUGGAAUCGUACAUGA